AUUUAACAAAAAUAUUUUGUUUUAGGAUUUAUAAGGAAUUUGCGAAUAGUAAGGUGACCCUAUAAAGGAGAAAGGACAUGAAGGGGUAAAAAUAAAAGUCUCAGAAUAAUUUUUAGAUAUUUUAUAAAUUACCAGAGCGGAGAAAUAGUGAACAGAAGUACGGUCAGAAUUGUAUGAUUUUGCACCGAACUGUGAUUAUAAAAUCCAGUUAUUAGAAAAUAGGUGAAAAUAGAAAAGACACAAAAUGAGCCAAGAAUUUUCCUAGAGUAUCUAAAUAAAUUGUGGGACUCAUUUAUGAAUUUUCGGAAAUUUUACGAAGCUCAAGGAAGUUAAAAUGAAAAGGAAUAAAGGAGCCGGAUACCCAAGAUUUCCGGACUGCAAAAUGACCUUUAAACUAAACCAGCGGAAUUUCAGAAGGAAUACUGAAGAGAAGGUUAGUAAGUUUAUGAUCUUUGGAGUCUCUAGAACAUUCCUAUAUUGAGUUUGAAGAAAAAUCUCGAGAUUAAGAGUGGACAGGGAUCAGUGGAAAAAUAUCAGACCGAUACAUCCCUAAGAAAAAGUGAAAUAUUUUCGGACUCCAAAUGAGCUCAUUUUACUGUCAAAAAUUCCCAAAUAAUAUAUUAGGAAUUAUUAUAUCGUCGGAAUUCAUGAACGAGAUCAAGAAUAGUGAGAUUUAAUUUAAGAUUUCAAGAAUUUAAGGACAUGGAAUAGAUAAUUAUCCAAAAAGCAUAUUCAAAAGAAUAUUCCUGCAGGGUGGCACAUUCUGAUUGGUUAAUCAAGUUAAAAGAAAACCAAAAUGGAAACAAAGUAUACGACCACAUUUCAUCUGCUGCCGAAGUGAAGGAAAAAAAAAGAAGAAAAGAAAGAAAAUAAGAAAAAAUUCAAGAAAAAUUCAUAGGAAAAUAUUUCUAGCUCGGAUUUUCGUGUUCUAUAGCUUGUUGGAAAGAUCUCUUCAAGACCUUUAAUUCAAGAGGUGCACAGAAAGGUGCAGAAGAACUUUAAGGACCAGGAAGUUGUAACUGAGUUGCGGAAGUAAGAUUGGAUGAUGUUUCAACUGAAGACAAAGUAUUCAACUGAUGAAACUGGAACAGCAUUCAACUGAUGAAGUUUGUAAUUCAUUCAACUGAUGAAGUCUGUAUUUCUUUCAACUGAUGAGCCUAGCACAACAUUCAACUGAUGAAGUCAAGAGCAGUUGAAAGUAACCAGAACUUUCAACUGAUGAAGCAAAGAGCAGUUGAAAGUGACUAGAGCUUAAGUCUGACAAAUCACAUGGAUCGAAUUACACUAAAAUAGACAUGGAAGCCUAAUUAGGAAAAUAAAGAAGAAGCAGAAACAUACUUAUCUCAUGCAGUGCAAUCUGAAUCAAAUCAAGAUGAUGGUCAAAGAUGAAGACAUCUCAGAAAGCAUGCAUAAGACAAAGUUGUGCAGCAUUGUUUUAGAUUAGUGUGCAUUUUGUAAUCUAGCUAAAUGCUUUGUGAAACUUGGAGUAUAUAACCAAGUUAGUAGCAUCAGUUGAACUUGUUCAAAUCACUUGAGAGAAAAAUCUGAGAGUUAGAACUUGUUUGAGUGAUGAGCCAGCAGCUGUGCGAAUUGUAAUCAAUCCACAGAUUCUUCUAUAUAAAAUCUCACGGGUGGAUCAUUCAAUCCACCCGUAUUUUUAAAUACUUGGUGUUUCCUGUUUUACUGUGUUUAAGUGUAUUGUUUCUUGAAUCUUUUAAUUUGUAAAAGAUUGUAUUCAACCCCCCCCCUUCUACAAUCUUUCUUAUAGUUGGUGUAAAAUAACAAUUGGUAUCAGAGCCAGGUUCCCAACAAACAGGGAAAAAGAUCAACACUGCUAAAGAAAGAUGGGAAAGAAGGAUGCUGGAGUGAAGAUUCCUGUUCUUGACAAAGACAACUAUUUUCACUGGAAAGUGAGAAUGCAUCUGCAUUUGUUGUCCAUUGAUGAAAGCUAUGUGAACUGCAUUGAAAAAGGACCUCAUGUCCCAAUGAAGGUCUGCACCAGUAUGGGAGCUGAUGGUGAAGAUAUGGUAGGUAAGAUGAUUCCAAAACCUAUCCAUGAGUAUUCUCAAGAAGAUAUUGAAGAAGUGCACAAGGACAAGAAAACCAUGAAUCUUCUGUUCAAUGGUUUGGAUCAAGAGAUGAUUGAUAGUGUUAUCAGCUGCACAAGUGCCAAAGAAGUUUGGGACACCAUCAGGACCAUCUGUGAAGGGAAUGAGCAAGUGAGAGAGAACAAAAUGCAGCUUCUGAUUCAACAAUAUGAGUCAUUCCAUUUCAAGGCUGGUGAAAGUUUGAGUGAUACAUUUAACAGAUUUCAAAAGCUGUUAAAUGGUCUAAAACUCUUUGGAAGAGUAUAUCAAGUUAAGGAUUCAAACUUGAAAUUCUUAAGAGCUCUUCCCAAAGAAUGGAAACCCAUGACAGUCUCUCUCAGAAAUACACAAGAAUUUAAAGAUUAUACUCUAGAGAGACUGUAUGGAACCUUAAAGACUUAUGAGCUUGAAAUGGAGCAAGAUGAAGAGAUUGAGAAAAGCCAAAAGAAAGGGCAUUCAUCUGUGGCUUUAGUUGCAUCUCUAGAAGAUACUGUCAAGGACAAGGGAAAGUCUCAAGCUGAAGAAACUGAUAAGUUGGUCAAAGAGGAGAGCUCAGAGUCAAGCAAAGGAAAAAGAAAAGAGAAAGAUGGAGCUGAUUCUGGUGAAGAAAGUGAUGGAAUUGAUGAACAUCUAGCCUUCCUAUCAAGGAGAUUCUCCAAACUGAAAUUCAAAAAGAAUUUCAAUUCUGCAAAAUCAUUCAAAGGCAAUCAAAAAUCUGACAGAAGCAUGGUUGACAGAUCAAAAUUCAAAUGCUUCAAUUGUGGGAUUGCAGGUCACUUUGCAAAUGAGUGCAGAAAGCCUAAAGUUGAGAAGAAGUCAAGUGAAAACAUUGACUACAAAAAGAAAUAUUAUGAACUUCUCAAACAAAAGGAAAGAGCAUUCAUCACAAAGGAUGAUUGGGCAGCUGGAGAUGAUUCUGAUGAAGAGGAGGAGUUUGUCAAUCUAGCUCUAAUGGCCAACUCCACAGAUCAAGAAGAAAACACUGGAAGCAGUAGUCAGGUAUUCACUACAAACCUAGUUGAGUUAACUAAAGAUGAAUGCAAUGCUACCAUUAAUGAAAUGUCUACUGAAUUGUAUCAUUUGCAUGUUUCUUUAAAAUCUCUUACUAAGGAAAACAGUAGAAUUAAGGAAGCUAACACCUUUCUUAGUGAUAGAAACAGUGCCUUAGAAGCUCAAUUUAUUGAGUUUGAGAAGCUGAAAAUUGAGUGUCAGACAGCCAAGGAUGAUCUCUUGGUUGUUCUGAAGAGAGAAGAGAUCAUAAGAAAGCAGCUUGAUAAGGAACAAAAGAUUAUUGCCAAAUGGAAAUCUGGUAGAGAUGUUUCCACCAAUAUCAUUAACAUGCAAGGUAGAGAGACCUUUGUGGAGAAUGAAUGGAAAAGGAAUAAGAAAAUUCUUGAGAUAUCUGAGAACAGUUCAAGUGAUGAGAAUACUGAUGAUGAUCAUCAGUUGAAGAGUAAAGUCUCAACUGAUGAGAGUCAUCAGUUGAACAAAAACUCACCAGUUGACAAGAAAGUUCUCAAGAAGCUCAGCAAGAAAUAUGGUCCUAUUAAAAAGAAUUUUGUUAAAGGUGAGAAUAGUUCUUCUGAGACCAGUGAUAGUGUUAAUAACACUCUUAAUUCCAGUAACAAGAACAAGAAGAAGUUGGAUACUAGUGAGCAUAAAUCUGAGGAGACUAAAAAGAAGAAAGGAAAUAGAAAUGGCAAAAUAGGAGUUAACAAGCACACCAAUUACACUCCCAAUGCUAGUGCUCUUAGGAAAACCUGCAGUAAGUGUGGUAGUGUAAAUCAUUUAUCUGCUAAUUGUAAAACUGUGAUUGCUCCUAAUUUAUCUUUGCCUAUUCCUAUGACAUCUGUUCCUCACAUGAAUUUAUCUGCUAUGAAUAUGAUGCCUGGUUUAUUGUCUCACAAUCCUUAUUCUCAGCCUAACAUGCCAUAUAUGUUCAAUCCUUACUUUAAUGCCGUUAACAUGCCUCAAUUUCAUUCAAAUUUGCAUGGAAUGAACAAUGUAUGCAUGCCUCAAAGGCCUGUGUUUGAAAACAGAGUUGAUAUUCCAAUUUCUCAACCAAAACCAAAGAUUGAACCAAUUCAAUCCAAGUAA